UUCAACGGGAGGGUGCGACGUCAUGUCAUCUCCCCCGCCGCGCUAUUCCGCGUGACCUCACGAGAUCCCGGAAAGCUGCUCGCCACUCAACUGAGAUCCGAGCUGCAAGUUCCUCUGCCACUUUGCUGGACAGAAUUGGUCAUAUGGAGCAAAAACAAUCAGCGGGACAGAAACCAUUCAAGUGCACGGUGUGUGGGAAGGCGUUUGCACAUCCAUCAUAUCUUCAGGUCCACCAGAGAACACACACGGGAGAGAAACCCUUCAAGUGCACUGUUUGUGGGAAGUCCUUUGCAUGGUCAUCAAAUCUUAAAACACAUCAGAGAACACACACGGGAGAGAAACCCUUCAAGUGCACUGUGUGUGGGAAGGCAUUUGCGGAUUCAUCAGCUCUUAAAAGACACCAGAGAAGACACACAGGAGAAAAACCCUUCAAGUGCAUUGUGUGUGGGACGGCAUUUGCAGAGUUAUCACCUCUUAAAAGACACCAGAGAAUACACACAGGAGAAAAACCCUUCAAGUGUACUUUGUGUGGGAAGGCGUUUGCACAUCGAUCAUAUAUUGAGGUCCACCUGAGAACACACACGGGAGAGAAACCCUUCAAGUGCACUGUGUGUGGGAAGGCGUUUGCAACGUCAUCACAUCUUAAAAUACACAAGAGAAGUCACACAGGAGAGACACCCUUCAAGUGCACUGUUUGUGGGAAGGCCUUUGCAAAGUCAUCCCAUCUUAAAACACAUCAGAGAAUUCACACAGGAGAGACGCCUUUCAAGUGCACUGUUUGUUGGAAAGCCUUUGCAUGGUCAUCAAAGCUUAAAACACACCAGAGAACACACAUGGGAGAGAAACCCUUCAAGUGCACUGUGUGUGGGAAGGAAUUUUCACUGUCAACAUAUCUUAAAAACCAUCAGCGAGCACACGUAGGAGAAAAACCCUUAAAGUGCACUGUGUAUGGGGAGAACGGUUUUCGACAGUUAGGGGAUCGAAACAAGCAUCAAACCAUUCAUCAGGAAAUUAAUCUGAAAUCGGCUUGUGAAAGUCCAAGUGCUGCAAUGAGUCCAUCCCUCAUGAAACAAGAACCAGAAAGACAUUUGAGAUGUGAAACGUGGACAGGAGUGAAGGCAAAAUGUCAAGAAGUGAAAUUGAAAUUUGAAUCAGUGAAGGUGAAAAGUAAAGUGACGGUAAAGUCUGAAGAAGUGAUAGUGAAAUGUGAGGAUGAAGAUUCAACUCCAAAAUCCGACCUUCACGUCGAUCGAGGCAGCGUUAAGCUGGAGGAGACUGUGGACUCUGAGGCAGAGCGAGGCAACCCCCAGCAAUUUGUGGAUGUGGAGGUGUGGGUGGAUUUUUUAGGCAAUACUGAGUUAAAUGGAGACUAAGUAUAUGUGUAUCAUUGAGCUAAGAAAAACGAAGUUCCAUUCCAUUCACAGGCCUUUCCCACAAUAGAGGUUUUUGGGUUAGAUCGCGUAAAUAUAUAAAUGUGUCGUUAAAACCCGCCACCACCCGACACAGCCAACUAGUAAGGGUUGUCACGUAAAAAGAACAUGCCAAUUCAUCACUAGUACAGCACACCGGUGUGUUGGAGAGCCAAGCCACAACAUUUACAAUCUGAGUGACGUUUCGCCAGUCAUUACAACUAGCUUCAUCAGGCGACAGCCAGAUUUGUGGCUUUCCCAUUGCAAGGGUUUAACCUCCAAGUGGUCAAUAGAGGCAGCCUGAAACUGGAGGAGGCUGCGGACUGAGAGAGAGUGAAAUGAAACCCAGCAGUUUGUGGAGGUGGACUUUUUGGAGGAUGCAGAGUAGGAGCGGCCAGCAUGUGUGGACUUGGAGGUUGGGUAGAUCUGUCAGCAGGAGUAGUAGACAAAAAGGCUCCACAGCAUUCAACGUGUUAUAAUAAUAUUUAUAUUAAUAAUUGGCGCUUGCAUAAAUGUGUUAUUUCUUUCUCGCUGUACGUAGCCAAUCUUGCUAAUCAAAGGUGAAAUGCUUCAGCAACUACAAGCGGCUUGUAUCAUAUUUAAUCUCAAUCGUUCGACGGCUAGCCCAAGUGGCAGCUGUCCCUUUGUGGUAGAAGGUGACUCAGUACUGACCUGCACGUGGACAUGCGCCUGCCAGUUUGGUGGAGCAAUGAUUGAUGUGUAACCCCAGUCGGGUCGUUUGUGGCUAUUCUUUCUAAUCUGGCAAAUUUUGACCCUGACACCAUGAUUGUUGAACAUCCACUGUUAAGCAGAUUUUUGGUCAAUAUUGCUGCAGUAAUCAUGAGGGCUGCCGGACAGAUGUGAACUUUGAAACUCUUUUAACAAAUAUCAACCGUGCUAUCACUUCUCGCAUUCUAAGAAUGCAUGCAGGUGUAGUCAUCCAUUCAGAGAUCAGUGUACAAUAAAUGCACUGUAAUGUGAUGCAGUUUAUUUCAAUUCAAUUAUUGAAUGUUGGCGAUGUGUCGCUUGAUAAUUUAGAGUUAUAAUUUUAACACAUGAUCUGAUUCUGAGCAUACACAGCAAAAGCUCUUAUCCAGCAUCCAUGGGAAAUCAAGGGUGGUGCCAGUUCAUCAAAUGUGCAGGUUGUCCGAGAGGUAUACUUUAUGGUUCAGCAAAAUUCUCAAAUGUAAAAACUUUUUUUACGAAGAAAUUAAGCAUACAUUUUAACUGAUAUUCAAAAUAAUUUACUAUUUUACAGAGGUACUCACCAGUCAUUUGUACAACAUUUUAAGUUUACUGUAGAGAAGCAGUUGUGCUGUUUAGAUUACAGUGUACAGUAGUGCAGUACUGUAUGUACAAGUACAGUGAAACAAUUAGGUUAGGCAGCCCACAACACGAUCACAAUGGCCGAUUACAGAUUGCAAUUGCGACUCCAUUUGUGCCACCACUCAGCAACGUCAUGAAGCACGCUGCAAGAUGCCAGAAUUUUUCUCGAUAUGUGAAGUUAUAUUUAUAUUGCCGCUUGACAGAUGCCGGUUAAUAGAGCAUUCCGCAUGGUAAAAAGUACGUGAUAGCAGAGAUUUUGCUGUACGUGCCAUUUGGAAUUAAAUGGUCAUAAAUGGAAUGUCCUAAAUAGACGAACGUUUGUUUUGACAGUAACCUGUGCAGUACAUUUACGUGACUGCUGUUCAUGUGAUACAGGAUCAAAGAUAUUUUUUGUAGCUUAGGAUCCAUAUCCCCCAACUCAAUGUUUGUCUUCGAAAUCACGAAUAUAGUACACACAAGGGAAACACUGAAAUGUUACAUAAAGGAGAUAUUUUCUCCACAACGCUAAUUAUGUUGUCUUUUCAUACUUAAUAAACGUGAUUAUUUGUCUGCC